CAGAUGCGUCUUGUUUGGGUCACAAUAAAACGUUUUAAGGUCCAGUCAACAUCUGGAUCUACACAUUUUUGUAUCGUGGUAAUCCUCCACAUAUAGCAGCCAUCAUGACUUUCUCCAAAAACAACAAGAUGCUCAGUCACAUUGGCUAUCGCAUGAAGAUCACCAUGCAGGAUAGCCGCACCUUUAUUGGGAUAUUCAAAGCUGUCGACAAACACAUGAACGUGAUCCUGUCAGACUGCGAGGAGUUCCGGUGUGUGCGGGGGAAGAAGACCAAGGAGGAGAAGCAGGAGAAGAGAACGAUGGGUCUGUUGCUGCUGAGAGGAGAGACCAUCGUCACCAUGACCCUGAGGCCACCACCAACAGAGCAGGACGGCCCACGCGUCAACCUGCCAGGAUCUUCACCCGGACCAGGCGUGGGACGCCCCGCCGGACGUGGCAUGCCCGGGACCGGUGGAAGCGGUCUGCAGGGUCCAGUACGUGUGGGCGGCCCCUCCCAGCAGAUGAUGCAGCCUGCCGCCUGCGGCCCUCAGUUGAACGUGUCUCCCAGGGGAGGUCCACCGGGGGGUAUGCCGCCCCAUAUGAUGGGUGGUAUGCCCCCUCACAUGGGUAGAGGAGGACCCAUGGCACCUCCUACUGGCUCCAUCAUGAGAGGAGGCCCUCCUGGUGGAAGACCUUACUAGCUGCGUAAGUCUCUGUUCGUCUCGUUUUAGGCGAUGGCUACCUACACUUCAGUCAACCCGGGAAGAAGUUCAAUGUGAUGUUUUCAAGAGGACACACAUACAUACUCUCUC